GUCCAGUCUCCUCUCCUCUCUUCUCCUCUCCCGCCGCCGCCGCCGCCGCACCCGCCGAUCUCCAUCCUGCGAGCAGCGGCGGCGCUCCACCUUUCCCUCCCCAAAUUUCAAAACUCGAUUCGAAAUCUGCCACGCUUUAUUCCCGCCAUCUCAUUCUCACCUACCCAAUUGUCUCCUCCUCCUCAAAUUUAGGUUGAAAAAGAUAUUCCCGGCGCCUCCCCACAAUCAGCUAGCUCUACAAAUACCUCCCGCAUGAGCUCCAUUUGCGCCAUGAGAUCCCUCCUCGCCGCCUCCACCUUCCUCCGCUCCGGCGCUUCCCCUCUGCUGCGGCCCCUUUCCCGUCCUCUCCCUUCCCGCCUGAAUCUUUCCCGAUUCGGUCCGGUGAGGCCGGUCUCUGCGGCGGCGGCGGCGGCGGACAAGUCUCGAGGCGGAGGCGGCUCCGCGAUGGAGGCCCAGCCGUCGUAUCCCGGUGAGAUUCACGUCAUCGUGGGCCCCAUGUUCGCCGGGAAGACCACUGCCCUUCUCCGACGCGUGCAGGUCGAGGCCGGCACUGGCAGCAGGAACGUGGCACUCAUCAAGUCUGACAAGGACAAUAGGUAUGGAUUGGAUUCUGUCGUAACUCAUGAUGGCACAAAGAUGCCAUGCUGGGCUCUACCUGAGCUUUCAAGUUUCCAAGAUAAAUUAGGAACAGAGGCUUACGAUAAGGUUGAUGUCAUAGGUAUUGAUGAAGCACAGUUUUUUGACGAUCUUCAUGAUUUCUGCUGCAAAGCUGCUGACCGUGAUGGAAAAAUUGUUGUAGUCGCAGGGCUAGAUGGUGACUACAAAAGGAACAAAUUUGGGUCAGUUCUGGACAUUAUACCCUUGGCUGACUCGGUCACCAAGCUCACCGCACGCUGUGAGUUGUGCGGUCGCCGUGCAUUCUUCACGCUGAGGAAGACACGGGAAACUAAGACCGAGCUCAUUGGAGGAGCUGAUGUGUACAUGCCUGUAUGUAGGCAACACUACCUGGAUGGUCAGAUUGUCAUUGAGGCCACAAGGAUUGUGCUGGAUCUUGAAAAAUCCAAGGUUAUCCAUGCUUUCAAGUGAGUGAAUAGCUCAUUGUAUCCUUUUUACUUGCAAGGCUUACCAUGUGUAACACUAUCAUCAUCAACCAUGCAAUCCAUCUAGUUAUCGUAGAAGAUGAUGGAAAGACCACAAUAUUCAGAGACUCUCCAUUAAACGAUUGUAAAUAUGUAUCAGUCCAGAUUCUGUUGGGAAUGAAUUUUAUCUUGGUUUGUGGAUGGAGGAAUUA